CUGACACAGUACUACCACUUCAAGUCCCAGUCGCUCCUGGACUACUCAGCGGGCGGGGAGCCUGUGGUCCUCCUGCUAGGAGAAGCCGGAAGCGAGGGAGAUAUACAAAGGGAUAGCGGAGGCGCCGGAGAGCGAGAGAAAGAGGAAGCGACGGACUGUCUCCCAAGCAUCCUAGCGAGUAAAGCCGUCCCAGUGCAGGCUGAAAAGGCCGGGGCCAAAUAUGGGAUGGUGCAGGGGGUUGGCUGGCUCCCUCUGCCCGGCCGAGUUUCUUUCACGCGCAAGCACUUGGAGGCCCUGCGAUUGGGGAGGGAGAUAUUGCGGACCACGCAAAGCCGCCCACCUUUCCUCUUUUGUCACGGCGCGCACGAGUGGGCGAUGCUUUAUCACCCUACCUCCUCAGUGCACCCACCUCCGCGCAAGUACCAGGAUAGUCUGCCCCUGCGGAUUUCCCAAACGACCCUCAAUGGCUUUGUGGAAAGCCGGCCCAUCCGCUGCACCCACUACGACGCCUUGCCGCCCCUUGGCAUUCGAAUGCAGAUACUCAAGUUCUGGUGA